AUGGCCGAAGACGAGUCUGUGCUGGGUAAACGGAUACGCGAUGAAGCAGCCGCUCAGCAGGAUAACGGCCAGGACAAUGCCAACGACUCUGAUUCCGACGACGUUGGACCGAUGCCUCUGCCUGCGGGGGCAGCGGGGACGGCGAAGAAGAAACGCAAAGUGUUACCCCAUGAGAAGCUGUACCUCGAGCACUUACCCAACACCGAACAAUAUUACAAGAGCUUCAUGCAUCGAGACGUCCUCAAUUUCGUGGUUAUGACCAAAACUGAAUUCCUAAUCACAACCUCCGUCGACGGCCACCUCAAGCUCUGGAAAAAGCAAGAAGAAGGAAUCGAAUUCGUCAAGCACUACCGCGCGCAUCUCAACCCUGUCGUCUCGGUGUCUGCAAGUGCAGAUGGACAGCUGUUCGCUACGGUGUCGGAGGAUCAGACUGCGAAAGUGUUCGAUGUCGUUAACUUUGAUAUGAUCAACAUUAUCAAACUCGGGUAUACCCCCCUCGCGUGUUGUUGGGUGCAUAAAAGCGGUCAAGCGCAGGGUAUUCUCGCAAUUUCCGAGGUUGGUUCAGGGAGGAUACGAUUAUACGAUGGAAGAGGGAAUGAAACACCAUUAGAAACCAUCGACAGCGUGCACCGAUUCCCGGUGCACGUUAUGACAUACAGCGAUAGAUACCACACCGUCAUCUCCGCCGACGAGGCAGGCUUCGUCGAGUACUGGCAACCCAUCGAGCCCUUCGUCCAACCCAAAAACGUUCCGGGACUUUGGCAAUACAAAAGCGAAACCGAUUUGUACGAAUUCAAAAAGUCAAAAUCGACGCCAACAUGUAUAACGCUAAGCCCCAACUCAUCCUCCUUUGUGACAUUCUCCCUUCCAGACCGCCAAGUCCGCAUCUUCUCCUUCCUCUCCGGCAAACUCACGCGAAAAUACGACGAAUCGCUGGAAGCGAUCCAGGAGAUGCAGCAGGCGGGUACGGCGGUGUAUCGUGUAGAGGAUAUGGAGUUUGGACGACGGUUGGCGGCGGAGAGGGAGUUGGAGCUGCCCGGUCCUGACGGAAAGAUUCCUGGACGGUGGAUUAACGCGGUUUGGGAUGAGAGUGGGGCGUUUAUCAUUUAUCCUACUUUGCUUGGGAUUAAAGUGGUGAAUACGUAUACGAAUCGUGUUGCAAGGCUGUUGGGCAAGGACGAAGUUGUCCGGUUCCUCAGUUUGACGCUAUACCAGGGUGCUCCUUCGAAGAAGAGUCUGACAACAGUCGCAAUGGCUGCAUCAGCCAACCCAAUCCUAGCCGAGAAAGGCCAGCGAGACCCCACUCUCAUCUGCACCGGUUUCAAGAAGAACAGGUUCUACAUGUUCACACGCUCCGAACCCGAGGACAGCAAAACCGGCGACCGCGACGUCUUCAACGAGCGCCCCACGCACGAAGAGCGCACCGUGGCCGCUGCAACCGCCAACACCCCCGCCGGGCCCUCGCGCUUCGCCAACGCCGCCACGAUCCACACCACCCUGGGCGACAUCCACAUCCGGCUCUUCCCGCAACAGGCACCCAAGGCUGUUGAGAACUUUGUUGGGCAUUCGAGGAGCGGGUACUUUGAGGGUGUCAUUUUCCAUCGUGUUAUUCCCAAGUUUAUGAUCCAGACGGGGGAUCCGUUGGGUGAUGGAACGGGUGGGACGAGUAUUUGGGGCAAGGAGUUUGAGGAUGAGUUUUCGGAUGAUUUGAAGCAUGAUCGCCCGUAUACUGUCAGUAUGGCCAACGCUGGCCCUGGAACGAACGGAUCGCAGUUCUUCAUCACGACUACUGCAACACCAUGGUUGGACAAGAAGCAUACGAUCUUUGGACGGGUGUUGUCAGGUCUGGAAGUCGUUCACGCUAUCGAGAACGUCAAGACGAACAAACUGGAUAAACCGUUCGAGGAUAUCAAGAUCAUCAACAUCGACGUUGAAUAA